UAAAUCCCACUCCCUCCCUCCCUCUCUCACUUUUUCUUCAUGUUCCCAAAAAUUAAAAAGCCCUAAUUUUCAUUCAUCAUUCAUUUAUUCUUUCAACUAAAUCCUUAAUUGGCAGCAAUUGAUUAGUUCAAUAUAUUCCAGCGUUCUUUGUUGAACGAAAUGGAUGAUUAUAUGGAUCAAAGUUCUGGAGGUGAAUCCGAUGGAAAUGAUUCUGAAGUUGAGGAAUAUGUGGAUCAAUCGUAUGAAGAGUUACAAAGUGGAAAACACCAGGUCAAGUUAUCUGAAGAAGCUUUCACUUGCCCGUACUGUCGUAACAAGAAAAAACGUGAAUAUCAGUAUAAGGAGCUACUGCAACAUGCAACAAUGGUGGGGAAAAGUGAUUCACAAAAGAGGAAUGCGAGAGACAAGGCGGAUCAUCUUGCAUUAGUUAAGUUUCUUGAAAAAGAUGUAGUUGGGACUGCGGGACCGUCAAAACCUAAAGAGGAUGUUGAUUGUCUUGCAGACCAUGAUGGUGACGAGAUGUUUGUAUGGCCGUGGAAGGGAAUUGUUGUUAACCUUCCUGUUGAAAUGAAAGAUGGUCGUAAUGUUGGAAAAAGUGGCUCAAAUAUGAGGGACCUUCUAACCAUGAGAGGUUUUAACCCCACAAGGGUGGUUCCUUUGUGGAAUUUCCGUGGUCAUUCUGGAUGUGCUGUAGUUGAAUUCAAUAAAGGCUGGGAUGGUUUCAAUAAUGCCAUGUCAUUCGAAAAGGCUUAUGAGGCCGAUCAUCGUGGUAAAAGAGAUUGGAAAGUUAACAAUGAUCCUAACUUUAUUUAUGGCUGGGUUGCUCGUGCUGAAGAAUACAAUGCUACUAAUUUAAUCGGAGAACAUCUUCGCAAGAUUGGAGAUUUAAGGACCGUUUCAGAUAUUAUGGCUGAAGAAGAUCGCAAGGCCAGUAAACUUGUGACAAAUUUGACUGGUGUUAUUGAAGUGAAGAAGAGACACUUAGAAGAGAUGAAAAGCAAAUUUGCUGAAACGGAAAGUUCUAUGAGCAAAUUGAUUGAAGAAAAAGAUCUCCUUCAUCAAUCUUAUAAUGAUGAGAUAAGAAAAAUCCAGAUGAGUGCACGAGAGCAUUUCCAAAGGAUUUUUAAUGAUCAUGAGAAGAUUAAACAGCAGCUGGAAAGCCAAAAGAAAGAACUCGAGCUCCGGGGUAGUGAGCUGGAAAAACGUGAAGUAGUAAAUGAAAAUCAAAGAAAAAGAUUAGCUGAAGAGAUUGAAGAGAAUGCUAUUCAAAAUAGUUUGCUUGAGAAGGCGUCUGAUGAACAAAGAAAAGCUGAUGAAAGCGUGAUGAAGCUUGCUGAAGAGCAGAAGAGGAAAAAAGAGGAACUCCAUAAAAAGAUCAUUAUGCUUGAGAAACAACUGGAUGCAAAGCAAGCAGUAGAGCUGGAAAUAGAACGUUUGAAGGGGCAAUUAAACGUUAUGAAACAUAUUGGAGAUGAUGACAUGGAGGUCCUGAAGAAGGUGGAGGUCAUACACAAAAAUUUAAGGGAGAAAGAGGAAGAGCUUGAUGAUUUGGAAAGCUUGAACCAGACUCUUGUUGUCCAGGAACGCAAAAGCAACGAUGAGCUGCAGGAUGCUCGUAAAGAGUUAAUCGAAGGCUUGAAGGAGCUAUCAAAAAGUUCACAUAUUGGUGUGAAGAGGAUGGGAGAGCUUGAGAAUAAACCAUUCCUUGAUGCCAUGAAGAGAAAGUAUGGUGACAUGGAUGCAGAAGACCGUGCUUCAGAAUUGUGCUCAUUGUGGGAAGAGUACCUCCGAGAUCCCAACUGGCAUCCUUUUAAAGUCGUAAAUGUCAACGGGAUAUCUCAGAGAAUCAUCGAUGAAAAUGACGAUAAACUAAAAGGCCUGAAGAGAGAAUUAGGUGAAGACGUAUAUAAAGCUGUGGCAACUGCUUUGACAGAGAUUAACGACUACAAUCCUAGUGGAGCAUAUAUCACAACUGAGCUUUGGAAUUUCACUGAAGGAAGGAAAGCUACUUUGCAGGAAGGAGUUUCGUAUCUUCUCAACAUGUGGGAUGUUCACAAACGCAGAAGACUCGAGUGACCGGUUGAGUGUUUCUUAGGACUGUAUUGCAUUCAUAAAUUGUUGUUAGUGUUGUAUGUUUGCUACAAAGAUGGCAUUCAGAUUACUAGCAGGUUAUUUUAGGACUUAAUCAUAAGACUCUCCAACAAAGUGUCUGUCAUCCAAGACUAUAUAUGAUCUGGUAAUAAUUUGUUGGUGGUUAAAUUUAUUUGGUUAAUGGAUUUUAACUUUUCAUGUC